AUGGGGAGGGAGUUCCUCAUUCCGACGAUUAUUUCAUGGAAAGACAAACUUCUGGGGAAUCAUGUUGAUGGCCCUGUUUCAGAUCGUCUUAUGACACCUGAGGGGAAUGACAAUGAUUUUGUCUUACUGGAUGGAGACGUUAAUACCUCCAUCAUUGAUGGGAUCCCUGAUAUCGAAUUUUCAGACAGGAUCAAGGAAAUCUUUUUCAAAGAAAUGGAACUGACGGUUAUCGUCAAACUUUUAGGGAGAAACAUUGGAUACAAUGCCCUUUAUAAUCGUAUUCUUUUUCUUUGGAAACCAGUUCAUUCUAUUCAUCUAAUGGAUAUCACUAACGGGUAUUUUUUAGUGAAAUUUCAGGAUACAGGAGAUUAUAACAAGGCAUUGUCUCAGGGCCCAUGGACAGUUUAUGGCCAGUAUCUAACUGUACAACGCUGGUCUAGAUAUUUUAAUCCUUUGCAACCUUACCCGAGUGUAGUCUUGACUUGGAUUCGCCUGCCAAAUCUACCAGGACACCUGUAUAAAAGGAAGAUUAUCGAGGCUAUUGGAGGCCUCAUUGGGAAAGUUGUCAAGCUGGAUACUCAGACGGAUAACCAGAUCAGAGGGCGAUAUGCAAGACUAGCUGUCUACAUUAACUUGGACAGACCCCUGAUCUCACAAGUUCUAAUUGAUGGCCUUAUUCAACGAGUUGAAUAUGAAGCUCUUCCGACCGUUUGUUUUGAAUGUGGCAAAUAUGGUCAUGUCAAAGAAAUGUGUACCUCAGCUGUGUUGAAUUAG